AUGCAGGUACUCCGAUCGCUACUUCUAGCUGCCUGGUUCAACGGCUGCUGUAUCGUCGUCUUCGUGACUCAGCUGGUCGGCUCCCCGCUAUACUUCUUCAACAAGGACUACUUCUACUCCUACAUGGCCUAUACAAAACAAUGCUUCGGAUUGAUGAUCACAGCCCUCACCCAAUUGGGCGCUCCGACCCUCUGUCGAGUCAGUGGCGACAAGAGUGUGCGAGGCCAGCUCCAUCUGUCGGAUGGCCUGCUACAGACCAGCUUUCCAGAACGUGUGGUCAUGAUCGCAAACCACCAGGUCUACACCGACUGGAUCUAUCUGUGGUGGUUUGCAUACACCAAUGUAAUGCACGGCCGUAUCUACAUCAUUCUGAAGGAGUCGCUCAAGUACAUUCCUAUCAUGGGCCAGGGCAUGAUGUUCUACGGGUUUAUCUUCAUGGCCCGGAAGUGGCAAUCGGAUAAGCCCCGGCUUCAGUAUCGUCUGGAGAAGCUCAAAAGCCAGCACAGUGGCUCACAAUCUGGCAAGCCACAAUAUGAUCCCAUGUGGCUGCUGAUUUUCCCAGAGGGCACCAACCUCUCACUUAAUACGAAGAACAAGAGUGAUGCAUUCGGUGCAAAGCAACACCUCGCUCCCUUCAAGCACGUGAUUCUUCCCCGAUCGACCGGGCUGUUUUUCUGUCUACAGCAAUUGCGAGGAACAGUGGACUGGGUCUACGAUUCUACUAUCGCCUAUGAAGGCCCUCCUAAGGGAAGCUAUCCUGAUAAGUACUUCACUCUGCGUUCGACCUACGGACAGGGACGUCCCCCAACCUCGGUCAACAUGCACUGGAGACGUUUCGCUGUUUCAGAAAUCCCUCUCGACGAUCAAAAGGAGUUUGAGGCCUGGUUGCUCGCACGAUGGGCGGAGAAAGACCAGCUCAUGGAUCAUUACUUCGAAACCGGCAGAUUCCCCUCCGAACUGGCUGGUUCCAUCGAAGCCAAGUCAGCUACCCCCGAACAAAAAGUAGCGAUCUCAGCUGGCUACAUCGAGUCUAAUGUUAGAUUGCACCACUGGGCUGAGCUUGGCAAUAUCUUCAUGGUGCUAGCUGGACUCGGGUGUCUGUGUCGGUUGAUGAACAGCUGGUUCAGUUAA